AUGGACAAACCACCGGCACCCAUCUUCCGACGACAAAACGCCAUACCAUCCUCGUCCGCGAUACCAUCGUCGUCGCCGGCGUUCGGCACUCCCGUCCACCCUCCAAGGCCAUUCAAUGUCCAGGCGCCCAAGGCCGCGAUUCUCCCCAUCAUCCUUCCGCCGGCCACCCUGCGGCCCCUUGCGUUUCGCACAUUUACCAAGAAGCACUCGUUGACCCUCACAUCAUCUGCCCUGCAAGAGCUGGCCUCCUUUAUCGGGAGACAUUGCGGCUCGGGAUGGCGCGAGGAGGGUCUCGCCGAACGUGUACUGGAGGAGGUGGCUCGGGGUUGGAAGAACAGGAAUGGCGGCGUCAUAGUCGAAGGCACAAGUAAAGAGCUGCACGAUAUCCUAAAGACGCUCGAGGGCAACAUGAGCGGAGGAAAGAUUGUCGGACAGGCAAGAGGUCUGCCGAGAGGCGACAGCAUGCUGGAAGUGCAAGACGGCGACGCCAUCAACACGAGGCUCGGUAUCCGACCGACUACGCUCACGAGGGAGGACAGCAACGCCAGUUUCGGCAUGUCAGGACUGGGGGUGCACGAGGAGGCGAAUGACGACGACGACGAUGACACAAACGAUCCGCGGGCUUGGCUGAAUGUUGUCAAUGCGUUUGAGCAGCCGCGGGAAACGACAAAGCCAUCGUUGCUCCCGCCCGCCUCUCACAAAACCACCGUGUUCCGAAAUCGAUAUCAAGUCAUCCACCAGCGUCUACUCCGCAGCGAAGCAUUCCAGACCUCGUCAGUGUCGUCGUCCCGCAAACGAGCCCUCCAACGCUCCCUCUCCAAUCAACAAUCACUCAAAAUCACACCCAUCGCAAACAUGCUUGGCCGCCACGGCAGCAACCACAUGCUCCUCGGCCAACUAGUCAUCCUACCCACAGGAGAUCUUGCCAUAAGCGAUCUCACCGGCACAAUCGCCCUUGAUCUCGGCCAAGCCGUCGCCAUCCCCCAAGACUCGGCAUGGUUCUGCCCCGGCAUGGUCGUCCUAGUAGACGGCGUGUACGAAGAGGAAGAAGAGUCCGUCGGCAAAGGCCUCAGCGGCAGCAGCGGCGUGGGAGGAACCCUGGGCGGCCGAUUCCAAGGCUUCUUCAUCGGCCAGCCGCCGUGUGAAAAGCGCCAGGCAACACUGGGCAUCAGCGGCCCAGAAGGCGGCCAGGACCACACCAUCGGCGGCGGCUUCGGGUGGAUCGACUUCCUCGGUGUCGGCAGCGAACGAGCGGUCGGGGCCAAGAUGCGCCGAAUCGAGCGCCGCCUCAUGCACCAGCAGCCGUCCCAAGACGCCCCCGGUCGAGGCCGCGCCGUCGUGGUCGGCGAGCUCAACCUCGACCAGCCGCGCGCCCUCCAGGCCCUGCGCAAGAUCCUGUCCCUCUACGCCGCCGAGCCGCAGGGCUCCGCCCCCGUGACGUUUGUCCUGGCGGGCAACUUCACGCAGCACGCCGUCAUGGCCCGUGGCGGCAGUGGCGGCAGCAUCGAGUACAAGGAAUACUUUGAUGCCCUGGCAUCCGCGCUGUCAGACUUCCCCACGCUCCUGCAGGCGUCGACCUUUGUCUUCGUGCCCGGCGACAACGACGGCUGGGUCUCGUCCUUUGCCGCCGGCGCCUCCGCGCCGCUGCCCCGCAAACCCGUCCCGGACAUGUUCACCUCCCGCAUCCGCCGGGCCUUUGCCACCGCCAACGCGGAAGCCGGCGGCGGCCACGGCGUCCACGGCUCCGCGGUAUGGACCUCCAACCCGAGCCGCCUGACGCUCUUCGGCCCCAACCACGAGCUGGUCCUCUUCCGCGACGACCUGUCGGCCCGUCUGCGCCGCACGUCCGUCGCCGUGAAGCGCGGCGCCGACGACCCCGAAGGCGCGCCACCAGAGGACGAGGACCCGGCCGCCGACGACGCCAUGCAACUCGACGACGCCCACGAAGCACCCGCAAAGCCCGGCCCCGUCGCAGACGACGUGCGCACCGCCCAGAAACUGGUCAAGACCCUCCUCGACCAGGGCUACCUCGCGCCCUUUAGACAGUCCGUCCGCCCCGUGCACUGGGACUACUCCUCCUCGCUGCACUUGUACCCGCUCCCCUCGGCCAUGGCCCUCAUCGACACGACGGCGCCGCCGUUCUGCAUCACCUACGAGGGCUGCCACGUCAUGAACCCCGGCAGCGUGCUGGUCCCGGGGCGCAAGGGCGUAGCCAGAUGGAUAGAAUACGAGAUGGGGCGGCAGGGGAAAUUACGCGAAUGCACAUUAUAA